AUGGACACUGUUGAUUUUGUCAACGACAAGACAAACAUCAUUGUAACGGUCCGCUCUGAUUCCCUAUAUGAUCCGAACAAGGUAGUUCUGUACACAAAGAAAGAUGCCAAGAAAGGCCGUUUCGUUACAAAUGCCCCAGUUUCUGGAACGUACACUACGUGCUUCAAGAACGAAAAUAAGUUCAAGGUGGACAUGUUCUUCAAGUUCAAAUCGGGCAUCGAGGCUAAGGACUACUCCAACUUGGCGCAACUGCACAACCUGGAGGAAGUGGAGGUGCAGAACCAGUGGAUUUUAGAUGCUUUGUACGAGGUUCAAGAUAGCGUGGACGUUAUCCAGGAGCACGACGAGGAGAUUCGAUUGAUUGCGAUGGAUCUGGACAACAAGCUGAUCAUUUUCUCUGCGAUUACCAUUACUGUGUUGAUCUGUCUAUCUCUCGCUCAGACGGUGAUGCUGAAGAGAAGACUUGUGAAGGCGAAGCUAUUGUGGGUUGUUUGUUAA